CGUUUCAACUUUGAGUUGCAGUGAAUUAAUUAGAUCGAAUGGAGAGAGAUUUCAUGGGGUUGACUGUAAAACAAGAAAUCCUUGAAGAACCGGCCACGGAUCCAGCUGGAUCAACAAGUUCGGCAAUGCAUUGGUCAUUUUCCAACAAAGCUCAUCCUCAAUACCACCUAUCUUUCAAGGGCCAAGAGAAUAAUAAUAAUAAUAAGCCUAAGAUUGGUUUCGAAUCACUUGCAUCAGCUGGAUUGGUGACCAUAACCACAACUACUGAUAUUGUUGAUACAAUUCAUCGACCAUAUAGUACUCAAAUUGGUGCACAUCAUGUUCCCACACGCAAUGAUGUUGUGGGCACCACUGAAUUGAGGAGUGCACCUAGAACUUCACCAGGACCUGCUCAAUUGACCAUGUUUUACGCUGGUUCUGUCUGUGUUUACGACAAUAUUUCACCAGAGAAGGCUCAAGCCAUUAUGUUACUUGCUGGAAAUGCACCAAUUAGUACAACAAUUCGAAAUUUUCCUUCUCUUGAUAAUAAUAAUAAUAAUAAGAAUGAAACAACACUUAUCAGAUCAAUCGGAGUCCUAAAAUCACCUUCUAACACAACAGAGCUAUCCAAAAUCGUUACUUAUCAAGAAUCUCGUCAAUCUCCCAGCCAUAACUUAUCAGCUGUUCCUCAGGCUCGCAGGGCAUCCUUGGCUAGGUUUUUGGAGAGACGCAAGGAAAGGGUAGUGAGUGCAUCACCAUAUGGAAAUGGCAAGCAAAGUUCACAACAUAUGAUGAACUUUACAAUAAACUCCUCAGGCUCCAGUACUCCACUUCCUGCUACAAAUUAG